GCGGCGGUUACUAUGGCGGAGUCGACUGGAGCCUUCUCCUUCUUCCCUCUUGUUGUCCUCCUGCUCGUGGGCAGCGGCGGGUCCGGGCCUCGGGGGAUCCAGGCUCUGCUGUGUGCGUGCACCAGCUGCCUACAGGCCAACUACACGUGUGAAACAGAUGGGGCCUGCAUGGUUUCCAUUUUCAACCUGGAUGGUUUGGAGCACCACGUGCGCACCUGCAUCCCCAAAGUGGAGCUGGUUCCCGCGGGAAAGCCCUUCUACUGCCUGAGCUCAGAGGACCUGCGUAACACCCACUGCUGCUAUACUGACUUCUGCAACAAGAUCGACCUGAGGGUGCCCAGCGGUCACCUCAAGGAGCCUGAACACCCUUCCAUGUGGGGCCCCGUGGAGCUGGUCGGCAUCAUCGCCGGCCCCGUGUUCCUCCUGUUUCUCAUCAUCAUCAUUGUUUUCCUUGUCAUUAACUAUCAUCAACGAGUUUAUCACAACCGCCAGAGACUAGACAUGGAAGAUCCCUCCUGUGAAAUGUGUCUCUCCAAAGACAAGACGCUCCAGGAUCUCGUCUACGAUCUCUCCACAUCAGGGUCUGGCUCAGGGUUACCUCUUUUUGUCCAGCGCACAGUGGCCCGAACCAUCGUUUUACAAGAGAUAAUUGGAAAGGGCCGGUUUGGGGAAGUCUGGCGUGGCCGCUGGAGAGGCGGUGAUGUGGCUGUGAAAAUUUUCUCUUCUCGGGAAGAACGGUCUUGGUUCCGGGAAGCGGAAAUAUAUCAGACGGUCAUGCUGCGUCAUGAAAACAUCCUGGGAUUCAUUGCCGCCGACAACAAAGAUAAUGGCACCUGGACACAGCUGUGGCUUGUCUCUGACUAUCACGAGCAUGGCUCCCUGUUUGAUUACCUUAACCGGUACACAGUAACAAUUGAGGGGAUGAUCAAGCUGGCCUUGUCUGCCGCUAGUGGACUAGCACACCUGCACAUGGAGAUUGUGGGGACACAAGGGAAGCCUGGAAUUGCUCAUCGAGACUUGAAGUCAAAGAACAUCCUAGUGAAGAAAAAUGGAAUGUGUGCCAUCGCAGACCUGGGCCUGGCUGUUCGUCAUGAUGCGGUUACCGACACCAUUGACAUUGCCCCAAAUCAGAGGGUGGGAACUAAACGGUACAUGGCCCCUGAAGUACUUGAUGAAACUAUAAAUAUGAAACACUUUGACUCCUUUAAAUGUGCUGAUAUCUAUGCCCUUGGGCUUGUAUACUGGGAGAUUGCACGAAGAUGCAAUUCUGGAGGAGUCCAUGAAGAAUAUCAGCUGCCAUAUUAUGACCUAGUGCCCUCUGACCCUUCCAUUGAGGAAAUGCGAAAGGUUGUGUGUGACCAGAAGCUGCGUCCCAACAUCCCCAACUGGUGGCAAAGUUAUGAGGCGUUACGGGUGAUGGGGAAGAUGAUGAGAGAGUGUUGGUACGCUAACGGUGCAGCCCGCCUCACCGCUCUGCGCAUUAAGAAGACCCUCUCACAGCUCAGCGUGCAGGAAGACGUGAAGAUCUAAUCCUGUUCCCUGUGCCCUACACGCAAUCCUGGGCAGCGAGGACUACACAGAGAGCUGCCGUAUUGAGCGUACGAUGGAGGCCUACCUCUCGUUUCUGCCCAGCCCUCCAUGGCCAGGACCGCUGGCCCCAAAGAGGGACAGAGCCCGGGAGACUUACUCACUCCCAUGUUGGGUUUGAGACACAGAUACCUUUUAUAUUUACCUCCUGAUGGCAUGGAGACUCUGAGAGAGAAUUGUGUGGAGAACUCAAUGCCACAACUCAAACUGGUUGUCGUGGGAAGUCCCGCAAUCCCUGGUGCACCUGGCAUACAGGCGGGAGCCCGUGGAGGGGUAGCCUGGGAGGGGCUGGAAGGAGCCAAGCUGCUGCCAGUGCUGACCUGCACUGAGGGUUUUCUGUCAGGGACCAACCCACAGCACACUGAAGCGGCCGUGGGGCCGGAAGUGUAGUCCUUCUCACCGGCAGCUCUGAGCCAAGAGUCCCCUCUCCCUCAAGCAGAAAUCUGGAGGGAUUGCCAGUGGAGACCGAAUCUGCCACCUGUCUGUCCAGCCGUGUAUGCAUGUGCCGAGGUGUGUCCCCUGUUGUUCCUGGUCCGUGCCACACCCUUACGUGUGUGUAUGUGUGUGUAUGUUUGUGUCUAUAAGUGCGCACUUACCUGCUUGAGCUUCUGUGCAUGUGCAGGUCUGGGGUGUGGUUGUCCCGCCGUCACUGCGUGCUGGUGCCUCCGUGUUCAGUAGUGAGCCUCAUCUAGUUCUCUGGGGCCCUUCCCUGGAGACCCCGUCCCCCUCCUCUAGAGCCCUGUGCCACAGUGGCGCACCCUUCCCAUAGGCUGCUCCACCACCCCAGUGUCAAUACAGCUCUCCUUAUUUCAGACUGGAACCAAAGGUGGCCCAUCUGUCCCCUGCCGAAGGCCUUUGGGUCAAAAUGUGAGGGUGGGGGUCGGAUGGGCAAGGAAAGAAUCUGGACGGAAGUCUUGGGUGUUGUGGUCAGUGACAUCAUGGGAAAUGAGCCAGCCCAAGGGCAUUAUCCUCAUUGGCAUCAAGGAAUGGCCCAGGAAUUUGAAGCUCAGAUCAUGGGACUUGGAUUGGAAUAUCACAUCUGUCUUUCAUAUCCCAGAUUCUGGAACAGCAGUGUAUAUUUCUGGUGGUGGUGGGUUUGGGAUGGGGAGGGACACGGGGGUGCAGCGUGGGGAGGGAGUUGGGUGGGAGGGAGGCAUCUGCAUGGGUCUUAUUUUACUGGAUUAUCUGAUCAGGGUGGAGGGAAGAUGUGAGAUUUGCAUCCACUUCAGGGGCCCUGCUAAGGAGGGAGCAGCCUGAGCUGAACAUGUUAUUUAACCGAGUGUAGUAUUUAGUGAUGUCUAGAAGCACGGCUGUGGGGGGGUGAUUUGAUCAGCGUGUCUUAGGUAUAUAAUAACUUUGAAGCCAUAACUUUGAACUGGAGUGGUUUUAUUUUAUUUUUAUUUUACUGGGAGGGCCUGGAUUUUAAAUUUUUUUAAUAUUGUUAAGUUUUGUAAAAGAGAAACCAUCUCUCUGUGAUGAUUACCUCUCACUUUUAUUUGUUUUUAAGGAAAAUCCUA